UUCCACCAGCAUGGCGAUCUUCCAGCUUCACAUUUGUGCUGCGUUUCUGAUGGGAAUGAUUCUCCCUUCUUCUGCCUUAGAGGAUACCUUCAUUGCCGCUGUCUAUGAGCAUGCUGUGAUACUGACAGGAGACACUCCGAGAAACGUCUCUCGAGCAGAAGCCUUGGAGCUGAUGAACAGAAAUCUAGACAUCUUAGAAGGAGCCAUCAAAACAGCUGCCCAGCAGGGCGCCCACAUCAUUGUGACACCUGAGGAUGCCCUUUAUGGCUGGGUCUUCACCCGAGAAACUCUAUAUCCUUAUCUGGAGAAUAUACCAGAUCCGCAAGUAGACUGGACUCCAUGCAAUGAGCCAAAAAGGUUUGGGUCGAAUCCAAUACAGGGAAGACUCAGCUGCAUAGCAAAGGAGAACUCCAUCUAUGUGGUUGCCAACAUGGGGGACAAGAAGCCAUGCAACCGCAGUGACCCCCAGUGCCCGAGUGACGGUCGCUAUCAGUACAAUACAGACGUUGUUUACGAUACGGAAGGGAAAUUUGUGGCACGUUACCACAAGUACAACCUUUUCGCUUCUGAAGUAUACUUUAAUUACGCCAAGGACCCACAGUUUGUCACCCUCAACACCUCCUUUGGGAAGCUUGGCCUUAUGACUUGUGCCGACGUUCUUAAUUAUCGCGAACCUGCCAUCUCGCUGGUGGAGAAGUACAAGGUGGACACCAUCCUCUUCCCAACUGCUUGGCAGAAUGGCUUGCCGCUCUUGUCUGCUGUUGAGUUCUACUCAGCCUGGGCAAUGGGGAUGCGUGUCAACUUCCUUGCUGCUAAUAUAAACAAGCCCAGCUUGGACAUUACUGGGAGUGGUAUCUUUACACCUGAAGGAGCCAAGGUGUAUCGCUUUGAUAUGAAAACGCAGACUGGAAAACUCCUGGUUGCGGAAAUCAAUGCUCGCCCCCGUCUUUCCCCCACAUACCCUCCUGCUGUCGACUGGAGCUUAUAUGCUUCAAAUAUCAAGCAUUUCCCCGCAAGCCCAGUGUUUACUGCAAGCUUCUAUUUUGAUAAUUUCACCUUCACUGAACUCUCUCAAGAAGCUGGAAACCACACCGUCUGCCAAAAGGGCCUCUGCUGCCACUUGAGCUACAAGAUGGCAGAGAAGCGAGAGGAUGAGGUUUACGCAUUCGGAGCCUUUGAUGGGCUUCAUGUGAUCGAAGGGGAAUAUUAUCUGCAGAUAUGCACACUACUGAAAUGUAAGAGCACAGACUUGAAAUCAUGCGGUGAGCCAGUUGAGACAGCUCAUACCAGAUUUGACUCCUUCACCCUCAGCGGCACCUUUAACACAAGCUAUGUGUUUCCGGAAGUCUUGCUCACUGAGACUCAGCUGACCACUGGAGAAUUUCAGGUAUUGACUGACGGACGUUUGACAAGCAAUGGCCUAUCAAAGCCAGUUCUAUCUGUGGCUCUUUUUGGAAGGUGGUAUGAAAGGGACCCGCCACAUCCAGAGGGUGCUCCUUCAUAAGACUCAUCCAAUCACGAUCAUGUCUCUUUUCCUGAAUUUUGUGGGUGCUUGUACAACAAAGGCGCAAUGAACAGGAUCAGUGUGUUCUGCUGCAGGACAAACCAAAUAGCUUGUUUUAGGAGAAGUUAGCAGACACAAAGAGGAGAUGAACACACCAUUUAGCUACAUGGCAGUUCCCCAUUGCUUUAAACAGGAGCAUGGGGCAUACAAUGAAGAAGGACUUUGGCUUUAGACUUUAUUAAUAUUUGUGUUCCUCCUCUUGGUUGUACCCAAAAGAAAUCUGCUGCUAGGGCAAAUACAAACUAUAAUUCAGGCUCUAGAGGUUGUUGGACUCCAACUCCCAUCAUUCCUGACCUCAAGCCACACUGGCUGGGGAGGUUGAUGGGAACUGGAAUCCAGCAGCAUUCAGAGGGCCACAGGUACCCUCCUCCCUGCUGUAAGCAUUCAGACGACUAAUUUGUCGUCUAUCAGAAAGAAAUAAACAUUCCUUUGCUUUUCCUGAAACAUGUACCCUGCUCAAUAGGAAUACUUAAUAAAAGGUCUGUCGUCUGGUUCAUUCUGAGAAAGCACCCAAAAUGAACCUUUGUUGUUUGUGGGUGACUGGUCAGUCUUGCCCACACUUCAUGAAGAUACUAAGCACCCAAGACCCUCUGUAGGUCCAGGACCAAAAUUUGUGAGUUUGUAAUCUUCCUGUUGCCCAAAUCAUAUGUCAGAUUCCAAAAUGGAGUCAAACUCAAACUCAGUCCCCAAAAGGAUUCUGGGAAAGAUGUGCUGCAUGUGUUCUGAUCCAGUUUCUUGUUCCUUACUUGGGUCUCCAGCUACGUUGUUCAGAGACUUAUGCAUACACUUGGGGAGGAAUUCAACUAACCAGUCCUGCUAGCAGGAGCCCACAAAAUGGCUUCUACUAGUGCAAUAUGGCUUUCUUCCUCCUCCCCCAUGUAUGCCCCCAUGCUUUCCAAAAUUGGCUCUGUGGGGUCAAGAGAAGCCCCCAAAUAGUGCACAGAGGAAGGAGAGGAGAGAUUGUUACAUCAGCCAAGCAAGAAUACUUGCACCGACUAAGUGCUGUGUUAAAUUUCUCCCAUGGUUUCUUAACUCAUGGAAACUUGCAAUUAAGUUGAUGAACCUUGUUUUUUAUUUCAGGCUUAAUCAGUUAGAUGUGCAAUUUACUUCUGGUUGUUAGAUGUCUCUGUGAAUACUCAGUUUGAGUGGAAAAGCGACUCACUUACUUUGUAAUGAAUAAAAUGUUUUGAAUUGUCGUUUUUAUGUUUACAUUGCUUUUGC